CAGUAGAAGUCGUUACAUCAAAGGCACACUUGCCAGACGAUGAGAGACAACGAAUUAUAAUAAUGUAACAACUAAUGCUCAAACUACGAAACAAAACCACGUGCCGGUACUUUUUACUCGCUUCUAUGUAGGAUUGUAUUACUGCAAUUAUAAGCAACUUUAAAUUUUUUCAUUUCAAGUUUUGCAAUUGAAAUUUUGAUAAUAAUGUGUCAACGAGAUGAGUAAAAUUCUCCUAUACUAUUAAAAAUCUCCUUCUACCCAAUGCUGUUAAGCUGAGUCGAAAUUUUCACGCUGAAAGUCUAUACAUCAUUCUUAAGUUAUAGGGCUAUAAUUAAUCAAUACAGAAAAAUGCCGUAAAUUUGCACUUUUUCUUAAACGAACGCAUUUUCAUGGAAGAUUGUUGUCCGAUCACCCGAAUUCACUUUUUUUGGCGUAAUUAAGAAAGUUUUACGGGAAAUCUUAUACCUUGAUACUAGCUUUGCUGGUAAAAAAAGCCAGCUUUGAAAUUGAUGCCCGUUAGUAUUUUAAGGAAAUUUAGCAUUUCAUGAAAUUCGGCAAACAGAUAUUUUUUCCAAUACUUUGUUUACCAUCGAAUGAUCAUUAACAUAUUCUCCAAUAACCGCAUCGCUUAAAAUAACCCAACUGACUUCUGCGCUGUUGAAGGCAUGUAAGUACAAGGAAGAUAACAAAUGUUAUACGAUGCACUAUUAAUUCAUGAAUUCGUUCUUUGCUAAUUUUCCCUGCAAUUUUCAUCCAGACCUGGCAGACAAACUUAGGCAGGACAUGACCAAAUUGCCACAGGACGUGUAUGAAGUGGUCAGGUGUCAGCAGCAAAUUAAAGACAUGCUGACGAUGUUGGUUCAGUCCAAAGGUGCUCCAAACCAAGAAUCUGAGACGGUGUACCUCGCCCUGCCUGUCGAAAAAUGGGAAGAGCUAGUGGAGCUGCAAAAGGAGCUGUCGAAUAUUACCCUAGCAUCCCGGACACAGGAACAAUACACGAACGCAGCUUUUCAGCAAAUUGAGGAGGGGGUAAAAGAAGGAGGAGUUAAGAAGGAAGAACAGAGCAAUGAUAGUGAAGAGAAGAAGCAGGAGGAAGAUGAUAUCAAAAAGAAAGGAACGAUAGAGAAGGAAAAACAAGAACGCAUACAUUUGUGUGAGUGGGAAUGUCAGAAAGGGCAUGAGUACGCCCUGGAUGCAAAUGAAGCACGACUGGACAGGAAUGACUUUGUAUGUAGAUAUGAGGGGUGUGGGAAGGUCUGCAAAAGUAAAGCGGGCCUUACCAAUCACCAGAAGGCAUGCAAAUAUAGAGUGGCUGAGGAGUAGGUGAGGUUUGAGUGUAGCAAAUGUGGUAUGAGACAAAGGGUGCAAAAGUGAAUCAUGAGAGGACGUGUACGGGUGGAGCGAGUGGAGUGGCAGACAGGAGGAAGUGUGGGAGGUGCAAUACUUGGAUAACGAAGAAAAAUUACGCGAGGCAUGUGAGAGGAUGUGUUGGGGGACG